UUUGUUGUGAGACGUUAGCAAGGCGACUGUUUAUCCUUCGAGCUAGCUAACCUGCUCAGUUUAACAGGAGGAAAACAUACACAUCGCUUGAGAUGAUUAAUAUUACGUUUUGACGUAACUGAAUUAUCCCGAAGUGGGAUCCGUAGUAAAUUCAGUUUAAGAAGUCAGUCGCUAUCAAAGAGGAAGUUUGACAGAUCGAGGAGAGUACACAUGUCUUCUGCGGCAGAGACAGUGAAAAAUGCCUCCAUCAUGUCAGAGAGUGCCCAUGACGGAAACCGCUUGUGGAUAGGCAACAUUGAUCCCAAAAUUACAGAGUAUCACCUGGUGAAGUUGUUGGAGAAGUUUGGCAAUGUGAAACAGUUUGACUUCCUGUUUCAUAAGUCUGGGCCUUUGGAGGGACAGCCACGGGGUUACUGCUUUGUCAACUUCAACACCAGAGAGGAGGCAGAGAGGGCGAUCCAGUGUUUAAAUGGGAAGCUAGCUUUGUCCAAGAAGCUGGUCGUGCGCUGGGCACACGCACAGGUGAGGAGGUUUGAAGGUUUCCGUAAUGACAAAACGAUGCCUCCGAGCCUGGAACCGUCAAGCAGCGGGGCGGCCGAGGAUGGAAACGUAACCUCCAACCACCUCAGUACGAGUGCUAAAAUCCGCGCCAUCGAGGCCAAGCUCCAGAUGAUGGAGGAGAAUCCAGAGGAUGACUACUCGGGCCCGUCGGCCUACGUUUACAACAAACCGCCAGAGAGGAAACGCUGGGAGCCUUACUCUAAAUCACACCACAACAACCAGAGCAGGCCCUUCCGCAAGUUUAGGAGAUGACCCUUCAUCCAACUCAUUCUGGAGAUCCCCCCCCCCCCCCCUACACACCUCAGCCCCCACCUACACAAGAAACAGACUUUACACAAGAUGCUAUAAAGACUAUACACCUCUGGGAAUAAAAGGUUUUGACAAUACUUUGAGAACCCGGACUCUUUGGAAGUAAUCACAGCAAUCACGGACGAGUACCUAAAGUGGUUAUUAGCUUUUUUUGGUUUAUAGUUAUCAGUUAUUAAUUAGUCUUAACAUAUGCCCCAUACCUGACUGCUGUGCAGGUUGGAUCCCUUACCAGUCUGCUUUCUCACUUUUGCUGAGAUUCAAUGCAGCGGAGUCAUACAGCUGUGAUUUACAUGAUGCACAGCUGCCAGGAAAGAGAGAGGUUAUUAUUAAAGAGUAUAAUUGCCCAUCCUCCUAUUGUUUUUCACAUGUUUUUUAGUUUCAGAUCAUAUUAUUCAACGGUGAAAUACAAUUCUUCAUUCAAGACUUCACUGAAGAGGAUGAAAUACACAUAUUUGUAACAGGUUUGUAUUGAUGGAGUUGAAAUGAUAAGCCACUCAGCGACACUGUAAGUUGCAGUAUUUUUGUGCGACGUGGCUCUUUACCUAAUAGUUUACUUUAUUUUUUCUUGAAUCCAAUUUUUAUAUGUCUGCAGUCAAACUCUUUUUACUGGCUUUUUGUGUGUGUUGUGUAGAGUUUUGCUAUUUCCCCUGCCACAAUCUCUUUAUUUUAAUUUACCAAAUAAACGACUAUUGAAUAUCACACCCGCAGCGUGUUUUAUGCGAUUUUUUUUUUUUUUUUGUUUUUUUUUUUCUUUUUUUUUUUUAAUAUAUUGCUCAUAAAAUACAGGACUCUGUUUUAUGUUAGUAACAUUAGGAUACUCUCAGUCCACGCUUUUAUGCUGAUAUGAUAUUGUUUUAGAAGAAAUUUGGUAAACCAUCUGCUUGUCAUUAAUGAGAGACUUAAGAAGACGAUACAAAUUAAAUCCAUUAAUCCACCAUCGGUUUAAAAGGUGCAGUCCUGAAUUAUCACAGAAUUUUUAAGAAACAUGGAGACUAACACAAUUGUCAUACAGACAAAAGUCCCACUGUUUCCAGUAAUAACUCCUGUUUAUUAGAGCAUCCAUUAUGUUUUGAGCCCCAGCUAUCUUUUAUUUUCCCCAGACUUGACGGAUAUUGACUGUUUUUAUCAUUUUUUUUGUGCAGUCUACCAAACGUUGCUGUAAAUCAUUUAAAUAUUUUGUAGGCCUUUUGCCUCUAUGGGUUUAAUGUGGAAACGUUCUAUUUCAAAAUGUAAUAUUUGUGAAGCACUAUACUUCUGAUGUGAUCUGAGUUGUGUCAUUCCUGCAGGUGUGAGAUGCAGUUUGAGAUUAAAAAGAAAAAAAAAAUAUGUCAGUAAAUGUCACUCUGAAUUUGUUGGCGUGGAGAAGGAAUUUGCCAACCAAAGGUUUUUUGGAGAACUAAUGUUUUAAGAGUUUACCAAGAGUAUAUAAAUCCCGGAUUAGGCUACAUAGCAUUGCAGCAUGGAUGGAGAUCGGCAGACUUAAUUGUACAAGAUGAGAUGAAGGAGUAGAAUGUUGUGCGCACCGAACCAAUCAAAUCCUACCUCUUGACAUCACUCAGCAUUUUAUUUUUUUUAAAUGUCUUUGUUAUUGUAAAAUCAUCCGACUGAAGAAUAUUUCUCAUGGCCAUUAGAUCAAAUUAAUGUUUUCUUUUAAAUGUGUGUUCAUCUGUUUUAAAUAAAAUGCCUAUUCGUUCAAAUACA